AUGAGGGAAGAUAAAACGGAUUUACAAGAAUGUCUCAAUUUUGGUAGAAAAGAUCGUCAAAGGCCAAUUAAAUUUCAAGGUGUGACUGUAGAAUUGAUUUCCAUUUAUGCUGAUUUGUCUGGUGAAAACAACAAUCCCUUUAUUGUUUCUAAAGCCUCUCCUUCUACACCAACUACACCACAACGUUACAGAGAGUCAACUUUACUAUCUAGUCCUAUUUUCCAUUUUCAAAAUACAGAUCGUCCUUCAAAAAGAUCUAAAGUAGAUAAAGAACUUCCAAUAUAUACUGGAGCAAAGGCUCGUAUGAAAAUUCAGGAACUUGAAGCUAAAAAAAAUGAAAAUGAGAGUAAAAUAAAAAAAUUUGUGACAGAUAAAACAGAUCUUGAACUUAAAAUGGAAUCACAUACAGAAAUUCAACAACUUAAAAAUGAAAUUCAUAUCCUUAAUCAAAAUCAAUUGGAUACAAAGAGUGAGAGUCGUAUAAAAGAAAAUGAUUUAAUCAAUAAAGUUCAACAAUUGGCAGAAGCAGAAAAGAAAUUAAGAACUUAUAAUAUUCUUUCACCUCAAUUAGAAAGCCUUGAUUUACUUAAAAAUCAGCUAAAGGAUCAAUUGGAUCAUAUACAAAAAUUGGAAGAGAAAAAUAAGGAAUUGGACAGUAAAGUUAAACAUUAUAAAGAAAUUUCACCAGGAAUUAAUAUUCUACAACAAAAACUUGAUGAAACAGAAUAUCAACUUUAUCAAUUAAGUACACUUCGUAAAAAAGCCGCUGUUUUGGAAGCAGAAAAUACAUUAUUAAAAAAUGAAAAGACUGAAUGGUUGAGUUAUCUUGAUCAAGAAAAGGAUAAAUUAAAUGUUAAUUCACCAUAUAGCCUUUGUAAAGAACUUGCAUCGCGAAGAACAGAAAUUCAAAUGUUAAAAGCACGAAUUCAAAACUUUGAUGAACAAUUAAAGAGUAAAGAUUCUGAAAUUUCUGAAAAAGAAGCUAAAAUCAAACAAAUACAAGAAAAAUGUAAUUUGAUGAUUUCUGAACAUGGCAAAGAAAUGGAAUCAUUGAAACAAGAUAAUCUACUAUUCAGGAAAGAAGUUGAGAUGUUGUCAGCAAGUUUGAAAUCUUAUGAAGAUGAGGAUAAACUUUUAUCAUCUCGUCAUAGCGCGUAA